AUGGACGAAAAGCUGAGCGAAAAGCCAGGUUCCUCCGACCCUCCUCGGUAUAGCACUUCGGAGGUGCCUGUGAGCACGCUUAUCAAACCGCAAGCCCGCAUCCCAUAUGAUUCGAACGUCACGUUCGAGGAGUACAACUACUAUGCGCAGAAGACCAGAGAGGAGGAGGAGACGCUGGAGGCACCGGUCAUGGAUAUACGCCGGUUGCUGAGGAAAAAGCGCGAGGGUGAAGAAGAUGAUGUGCCAGCCACGCACCUGACGGAGGAGGAUUUCACCAACCCCGAGAGGAGAAUUCUUAUCACGGAUGAAGAGUGGCUCAAUGCAAGCCGUUCGGCUAGAUCCGCUGGAUGGGGUGCUUGCUUCUAUUUGAUUACGACCGACAUCCUGGGACCGUAUGGGUCUGGUUUCGCUAUGGGAACAUUGGGCUGGGGACCAGGCAUUGCCUUCUAUACGGUUUUUGGAUUGAUGGUCGGUUACUCUGGAUAUCUCAUCUGGCGUGUCUUCUGUGGUGUCGACAGUCACCAAUUCCCGGCCAAGAAUUAUGGCGAUCUUGGUUUUAGGACGCUGGGCCGCGGUGGUCGCUACGUGACCAAUGUUUGCCAGGGUCUUUCACUGCUCCUGUUGGUGGGCCAGGUCACACUCCAGUUUGGCCAAAACAUCUCCCAGGUCUCGAAGUUCAAGCUUUGCUACGCCGUUUGCCCUGCUCUCUUUGCCAUCGCAGGCUUUUUCAUCACUCAAAUUCGGACUCUUAGAGCCUUUGGUUGGGUCGCAAACCUUUCCGUUUGGCUCAAUAUCUUUGUUAUUUGUAUGACGAUGGGUAUUUUUGCGCACUCCGAGCCAAACUACUCUGUCGCGAAAUUAGGAUCAGCAGGUGCAUCGGUAGAUCCAACGAGUAUCACGCCUGUGAACGGGAAAUUCCCUCCGAUUAUGCACUACACCAAUAUCCCUCCCGAUGGCCUCGUUGGCUCAAUCAACGGCAUGCUGAAUGGUGUGCUCGCAUAUGCGGGUGCCCAGCUUUUUGUGGAAUUCAUGGCUGAGAUGAAGCGCCCUCGCGACUUCAUUAAAGCCAUGUGGCUUGCACAGUUCUUCAUCUACAGCGUUUACCUCACCUACGGUUGUGUCAUUUAUCAUUUCCAAGGACAGUAUUCCUACACUCCGGCCUACCAAGGUGUCAGUAUCUAUUCAUGGCAAACUGUCGGAAACAUGAUCACGUUGAUCGCUGCUCUCAUCGCCGGCGGUCUUUACGGCAACAUUGGUAUCAAGGUUGUCUACAACAACAUCUUGCUGGAUAUCUUCAAAGCACCCCCGCUUACAACUCGGCGUGGCAAGAUCAUCUACGGGAUCAUGGUUCCGAUCUGGUGGAUCAUCGCGUUUCUUAUUGCCGCUGCUAUUCCCGAUUACUUCGGCUUUGUCAGUGUGAUGUCUGCUUCGCUACUCCUGAACCUGUCCUACACGCUGCCUCCGUUAUUUGCGCUCGGCUUCGAUGUCCAGAAAAAUGCCGUUCAAGUGGAACAGGGCGAAGGAUUUGACCCAAUCACAGGCCAAGUCAACAGGAAUGUGUCUGGUGUCAAGAGAUGGGUCCGUGGUUUCCUCGCCGGUGGUCUAUUCCAAGUCACGAUUAACAUUUGGCACGUCCUCUACUUUUUGGCUUCACUGUCCAUGUGCGGACUGGGGAUGUAUGGGGCUGUGUCGGGUUAG